AUGCCAACAGAAAGUGAUGCAGCAAUUACCUUGGCAAAGCUACUACAGUCUGAGUUUACUGCAACACCGAAUCCUAAUCCAUGUUCUCCCAUCACUGCCUGUGACAGUCGGUACAAUCGACUAUUUGAAGUUUCUAUUCUAUAUAAUGAUGGAAAACUACUAGUUAUUAAUAAGCCAUGGAAUGUCAGAAUCGAUGGCCCAGUUGACGAAACAACCACCAUAGAAUUUCUUUUAAAGGCUACGUUUCCAACAUAUAGGCGAUUGUUUUUGUUGCAUCAGAUCGACUAUGCAACAUCAGGCGUACAUAUGUGGGGAUUAACCAAACACACGGCAACGAUUAUGGGCAGAAUGUUUCUUCGCAGGCAGAUUCAAAAGACAUACUUGGCAAUUGUAUGUGGUACUGUAGACCAGCAAGAAUUUCAAAUCCAGCUUCCGCUAGCCCCACGACCUGAAAACGAUCGUCUAAUGCAUGUCCCGACGCUUGGAGAGGAUGUACCAGACACAAAGGCCGCUCAAACAUUUGUGCGAGUUUUGCGCCGAGGUACACUUGCGGAAACACAAAUACCAGUCACUCUUUUGGAGUUGCAACCACACACAGGUCGACGGCAUCAGCUCCGCGUUCAUCUUUCAUCUAUUGGACAUCCCAUCGUAAAUGAUCGUGUUUAUGGCGCACUCAAUGUCCCAAUCUAUCAUCGUAUGAUGUUACAUUCUUGGAGAACUCAGUUUGUUUGGCCCGGAAGUGGAGUUCCAUUCAACUUUGAAGCACCUAAUAAGCUAUCAUCACUCAUUAUCUAG